AGCCACAUUUGCACAGUCUUAGUUCUUUAUUUCUGCUAUUUAGUUCUACAUCACAGUACUACUAUCAUGUCUGGACGCGGCAAGCAGGGCGGCAAGGCUCGCGCUAAGGCCAAGACCCGCUCCUCCCGGGCUGGCCUGCAGUUCCCCGUUGGCCGCGUGCACCGUCUACUGCGCAAGGGUAACUACUCCGAGCGCGUGGGCGCCGGCGCCCCGGUGUAUCUGGCGGCCGUGCUGGAGUACCUGACGGCCGAGAUCCUGGAGCUGGCGGGCAACGCGGCGAGGGACAACAAGAAGACGCGCAUCAUUCCGCGCCACCUGCAGCUGGCCAUCCGCAACGAUGAGGAGCUCAACAAGCUGCUGGGCCGCGUGACCAUCGCACAGGGCGGCGUUCUGCCCAACAUCCAGGCCGUGCUGCUGCCCAAGAAGACCGAGAGCCACCACAAGGCCAAGGGGAAGUAAUUAAGACUUCAGAAUUUGCGGAAACUUCAAACACAAAGGCUCUUUUCAGAGCCCCCACUGUUUCAAAAAAGGAGUUGAACAGGAUAAGCUACUGGGUCUCGAUUCUAAAACAGUCUUAA